GUUUAGGAAACCCCUCCUUGGACCUGCCAAGAGAGAGAGAGAGAGAGAGAGAGAGAGAGGGGCCAGGGAGUUUCCAUUGAUCCAGUUCAAUUAACAGGGUUUUUAUCCACUUCAUCACAUCCAGCUGCCUGAGCUAUUUGGCACUUGAAGCCUGUGCAUGCUGGGAGAUUGUGCUAACUGCUCAGAAAGACGUUGAAAACAUAAAAUAAAAUAACAUUAUUAAGGCCGUCUGGGUUUUCGCUCCUCUCGUGAGUCUAUGAAACUUUAAUAGGGUCUAAUUUCCAAAGCAUUUCAUAAUUUAUUGCUGUGUUGAUGUACGUGCGAACCCUCUGAAAAAGAGUCAAAGAGAAUACGGUCACGCUUUAUUAACGAAGUAAAAAAAAAAAAAAAAGAAAUACUGCCAGGAUUCAAUUUGGUGUAAAAAAAAAAAAAAAAAAAAAAAAGUUGGCUGUUCGACAAUGAGUAGGAGCGGAUAAUGCUCUCACCGGGUGGAGAAAAAUCACUGUCAUAUAAUAUUUACUACAGCUACAUUAGCUCAUAGCUGCCAAAGCCUUUAUUUCCCAAAGGUCUCUUGUAUUUUUGAGUUCAGCUUUAAGAGGCAGCUGAAUCCUUUUUUGCUCACAGCUUUUGUCCAGGACGGAUGUGGAGACUUUCUACCAUGAGUAGUUCUGAAGGGUCAGUUUGCAGAAAUAUUUACAAAAAAAAAACUAUCACCAAUUUCACCUCCCAUCAAAAUACGGUGUGUUUUCGAUGUGUUUGAAGCAGUACAGAAAAUCUAACAACACCCUGUGCAGAAACAAUGGCCUUUUUUAUUUAGUCAUAGGAACUGUUUAUGGAUCCAAACCGGCCGUCUUGUAUGACAGGCAGCUUCAGUGGCCUGGCCCAGAUCUGACUCGCCUCCAGUGAUGGGGGGGUUAAACAACACAGCUGGUCAUCCGGUGUCACUCAUCUGCUCUGCAAGACUUAGAGAGAACGCAACUCAACCUCCCAGCGGACUUACCCUAGUUGAGCCAGAUAUACACCAAACAAUAUUUUUAAAAGGUCACUCGCCCUCCUGCCAUUUUAUUUCCUCACAUAUGGACAGUUUUUUUCAUUUAUGGGAUCAGAGAGACCAAACAAAGAAGACCUGACCCCUAUCAUAUCCUGAAGGAGAUGAGACAUAGAGCAUGACCCAGUGUUUGUCUGCAGUGCCAAAGAGCCAGAGAGAAGACUCCAUGGCCAGAGUAUCAUCACCUUCCUAGCUCCUACAGGAGCCCUUUGAACCCUGCUCCAGGGACUUGUACGUUCCACCGAUUCCACGAGGAGGUUCACUCCAAUCCAUCUGCCAGCUCAGAUAACCCUCUGACUGUUGGCAACCACAUGUUUGAGGUGACUAUAUGUGACCACAGCCGCCGCCCAUUUUCGAGCAGCAGCUGCAGCAGCCUCCUGCGACCUCGAUCUGCACCAUGCAGUGGAGACGGCGGCACUGCUGUCCCAUCAAGAUGACCUGGACCGUCAAGCGUUCGCUCUUUCGGACCCAUGUGGCUGGCCUUCUCUCACUGGCGCUGCUCUUUACUUUCUUCUUGUUUUUCAGUCAUCAGGACUGGCUGCCUGGACGCACCGGACCCCGGGAAAACCCCCUGGCUUAUACUGUCAGGGGCUUCCGUAGCCCAAAGGGAGAAGUCAACCAGAGCAGCUCCCUGAGGAGUCUGUGGAGGGAGACUGGGUAUGUGGCACCAAAGCCUCUGCUGAAUCUCAGCUCUCAGCAGGCGGAAGGGGCAGCCAGCGAGGCAGGAGGAGGAGGAGGAGGAGCAGGGGCAGCGGGAGGAGGAGCCAGGAUGGGUGUCAUGGGUCUUGGGGACUCUAUGAGCGCUAACAACAGUUUACAAAAGGAGAUGGGUGUGGGAGGUAAGCUUAGUGCUCAACCUUACCGCUAUAUCCUUAAUGAGCCCUACAAGUGCAGGGACAGUACCCCCUUCCUCAUCCUCCUCAUUGCUGCUGAACCGGCUCAGGCUGAUGCUCGAAACGCCAUCCGGCAGACGUGGGGUAAUGAAAGCGUAGCGAUGGGCCUGGGGUUUGUCCGUCUUUUCCUGCUCGGCACAGGAAAGAGUUCAGACACCUACCUUCAGAGCAGCAUAGAAGAGGAGAGUCGCAUUUAUCAUGACAUUAUCCAACAGGACUAUCAGGACACUUAUUACAAUCUGACCAUCAAAACCCUGAUGGGCAUGAACUGGGUGGCCACCUACUGCCCACAUGCCGUAUAUGUGAUGAAGACAGACAGCGACAUGUUUGUCAACACCGAGUAUCUAAUUCAAAAGCUGCUCAAGCCCGAGCUGCCUCCAAAGCAGAGAUACUUCACAGGCUACCUAAUGAGGGGCUACGCACCAAACCGAAACAAGGACAGUAAGUGGUACAUGCCUCCAGAGCUGUACCCGAGUGAGCGCUACCCGAUAUUCUGCUCAGGCACAGGGUACGUGUUCUCAGGGGACAUGGCCGAGCUGAUCUACCAGGCCUCUCUCAGCAUACGCAGGCUGCACCUGGAAGACGUUUACGUAGGGAUAUGCCUGGCAAAGCUGCGCAUCGACCCGGCGCCACCGCCCAAUGAGUUCCUUUUCAACCACUGGCGGGUUUCUUACUCCAGCUGCAAGUACAGCCACCUGAUCACGUCACAUCAGUUCCAACCCAGUGAACUCAUCAAGUACUGGAACCACUUGCAGAUCAACAAGCACAAUGCCUGUAUCAACAUGGCCAAAGAAAAGAAUGGCAGGUACAGACACAGGAAGUUUCACGGAGAGAGACCCCCAUGAUGCAUCCUGAGAUUAGUACCUGCCUCAGAAUAAAGGGAGAGACGAGGCUAAGGUAACUACAGCCGGAGGAUGAGAUGUUGAACUCGACACUAUACACUAUAAUGGGGAAAAGCACAUUGUUUUUGGUAUUGUGUACAGUUGAUGAUCCAAACUAUUUUUUUAAUUUGAGAAAAAUGUUAAGUAUUGUAAACUUGUUGAGCUAUUUACAAAAAGGAGAGUGGAUAAAAUAUAUGUGUGAUUUUGAAGCAUGCACAAAAUGUGCUGCAGUUCAGGUGUGUUGAUUAUGAGAAUCUGGAUGCCAGUGGAAAGCUAAUGUGAGGGUUCUUCUCUUUAAGGGUAGUACAGUAAGCCGCACUAUACAAAUGUAAAAAAAAAAAAAAAAAAAAAAAAAAAAAGACACAAAUGUGUUUACACAGACAAAGGGAAAUGUACAUGUAUUAUGUUGAAAGUUACACUACCUAAAUAUAAAUGAAAGUAACUGACUUUGACCAAUUAUGCUGCCCUCUUUCUCAAUGUUUACUUUACAGAUUUAUCAAAGAACACAAAUCUACAAAGAAGGUUUAUCUGUCAUAUUCUGUAUUUUAUUUAAAAAAUAAAUCAUUACAUGGAAGCACUCAGAAUCACAUCAGAGAUGACUGAGAUUGUAUUUUUUAAAGCUUUACAUUGAGUAUGACUGCCCUUGAGCAAAUGUGCAAUGAAUCAAUUAACAAUUAAAUGUACUGAAUUCA